AUGCCAGCCAAGACCUCAAUGUACCUGAAAGCUGCCAAUAACAAGAAAGGAAAGAAAUUUAAACUGAGGGACAUCUUGUCUCCGGAUACGAUCAGCCCUUCCCUUGGAGACCUCCGCCACACCGUUCACAUCAGCAAAGAGGGCCAGCACGACGUCUUUGGAGACAUUUCCUUUCUUCAAGGAAAUAAUGAGCUUCUACCUGGAAACGAGGAGAAAGCAUGCACGGGCCAGUUCCCUGGGCAUAACGAGUUCUUCCGGGCCAACGGUACCUCCGACUCCAUGUUCACAGAAAUGCCCUCCCCGGUGCUCAAAAACGCCAUCUCCCUUCCAACCGUCAGAGGGCCCCAAGCGCUCAUGUUGCCCUUGUUGUCACCGGUGACAUUCAGUUCCAAACAGGAGUCCUUAGGGCCGGGAAGGCUGCCCCGGCUUAGCUGUGAGCAGGUCAUGGAGGAGAAGGCUCCGGAGAAAAGCAGUCUGUUGGAGAACGGGACGGUCCACCAGGGGGACAUCUCGUGGGGGUCCAGCGGGUCCGCAUCGCAGUCCAGCCAGGGCAGGGGCAGCCUCUCCGAACAGUACCACUGGGCGGCGGAGGACAUGUUUGACCGUUCCGCCCCGUGCGAGCUCGUCAAGGAAAAGACUAAAUCAGAGGAGUCCCUCUCUGAUCUCAUGGGUUCCCUCCUCUCCUUGCAGCUCGAUCUUGGGCCCUCAUUUCUGGAUGAGGUGCUGAAUGUCAUGGAUAAAAGUAAGUAA